CUUUGAUCCCAUCACACUUUCCCUAUUAACAGCCGCACGCUCCAUCAGACUGCAAAUCCUCCAGCGACCUUUCAUUCAUCGUCGUAGCGCCUGUCAACAACGCCUUGCACCGUCAAAACCUCGCCAUUUUGAAUACUCCUGUCCCGAUUUGCGAACGUAGCCACCACUAUGCCCCCGAAACCGCUUGGCUUACCCCCCCAGCUCCUCAAAGAGAUUGGCGCACCAGAACAAACUGGCGCAUCCCGAUCCAACGGACGAUGGAAGAGUCAGGAGCAGAAUAGAAAAGACCGGCGGAGAGCUGAGAGACAGUCGAGAAAGCAGCGACAAACAACAGCACGGAGGGACUUAUCCAAACAAACCCAUCGGCACGUUGGAAAAUAUGAGAAGGAGGACGUCGACGAACACCUACUUGACGCUGUAGAAAAACCGCCAAGGCAGCAAGAACUUCGCCAACCCGCGCCAAAGAAACGCAAACGAGAAGACCUCGGCGAGGCCGACGACAGUGACGAAUUCGAGCAAUUCUCGGCGGCAAAGCAACCAUCCCGUCGCGUCCGGGAGAAGUUGGCUAAGGACGAUGCUGAGAUUGAGCAACUAGAGCGCAAGCUGGGGUUGAAGAAGGGACGCAAGUCGCUGCCCAAGUCUUUCAAGGAUGACGGGCUGGGCGAUCUACUAGUUGAUCUCGACGACGCUAGUGACACGAACGAGGGCGGCCGCAAAUUGAGGAGGGAGGCCGAGGAGUGGCUCGCGCAAAAACGAUCUAAGGCAACUGGCACACUUCCGAAAGUCGGAUAUGCAUCCGAAAGCGAUGAUGCAGAUGAGGAUGAUGGGGUGUUCAGCAACGAAGGCGAUGUCACCGGCGAUGAAGACGAAGAGGAGGAAGAGGAGGAGGAGGAGGACGACGACGACGACGACGACAAAUGGGACGCUCCAGACGACCAAACUUCUUUCGCAGGCUUCGAAUCGGAAGUGGAGGAGACGGUGCAAGAUACGAAGCGCGUUAGGGAGAACCCCUACUUACCCCCCGUUGCAGCUGGCACACAGCUUCCAAAAUACAUUCCCCCUUCGUUGCGGGCGAGAUCUGGCGGCGAUGCAGACGUAGAGGCCCAAAUUCGCAGAAAACUGCAAGGCCCUGUCAACAGAGUGGCCGAAGCCAACCUGACGUCCAUUGUUGGAGAAAUCGAAAAGAUUUACCAGGAUCAUCCCAGGGGUCACACCAACAAUAUUUUGACCGGACUCCUGAUGGCCCAGAUCUGCGACCCUACGAGCAAGCCUGACACACUAAUGGUCCUUUCUGCCGGCUUCGUUGCUGCUCUUUACAAGGUUAUUGGUGUCGAUUUUGCGGCACAUUUCCUCACCACAGCCGUAGAGCGGUUCCAGGUGGAGAAGAGGAAAGCGGAUGCGGCGGCGGCCGAGCAACGCCUACCGACCAAGGAAACGUCAAAUUUGCUCACGGUGCUGGCAGAGAUGUACAUCUUCCGUGUCAUCGGCAGCAAACUCAUGUUCGACUUUGUGCGGCUCCUUCUCAGCAAUCUGUCGGAACUAAACGCUGAGCUCCUCCUCCGGAUUGUGCGCGUGGCGGGCCCCCAGCUGCGCAAGGACGACCCGUUGGCGCUGAAGGAUAUCGUUAGCCUUAUUCGUCCGGCCGUGGCCAAGAUUGGGGAAAGCAACCUGACGAUUCGAACAAAGUUCAUGAUCGAAACCAUAAGCGACCUCAAGAACAACAAGAUCAAGGCCGGUGCACAGGAUUUAGUCAUUCUCGGCGAGCACGUAACACGUAUGAGGAAGGUGUUGGGGUCCCUUGACACACUCAAGCUCAAAGCCACGGAGCCUCUGCGGAUUGGACUUGAAGACAUUGAAAACGCAGACAAAACUGGCAAAUGGUGGCUAGUCGGUGCCAGUUGGGCAGGUCAAGGUGCGCAAGAGGCGAAACAAGACGAUGCCAAGGCUGUGACAGCGGUAGGGGCCGGAUUUGGUGACGACGACGAUGACGACGACGGCGGCGAUGUGGUCAUUGUGGACGCUGAUGACCUAGCGACACCUGACUACGCCCAGCUUGCUCGAGAGCAGGGCAUGAACACGGAUGUGCGAAGGGCCAUCUUCAUCGCUCUAGUGGCCGCAGCAGACUAUCAGGACGCGUAUAUGCGAAUCCUCAAACUGCGGCUCAACAAGUACAACCGACGCGAGGUGCCUAAUGUGUUGCUUCAAUGCUCGGGAGCACAACAGCACUACAAUCCCUACUACACGCUGGUGGCAAGGAAGUUCUGCAGCGACUCCAGGAUUAAGCACGCAUUUCAGGACACCCUGUGGACGCUUUUCCGCAGGCUCGGCGAGCCCUUGUUUGGGGAGGAGCCCGAGGAAGAGGACGAAGAGGCAGCAGAUAACCGGCGUCUUAUCAACACUGCCAAGAUGGUGGGAAGUCUAGUUGCCGAUGGUUCUAUUGGCCUUGGAAUUCUUAAGCCUCUGAAUCUGGCAUACGUGAAGGAGACGACGAGUCUGUUUGUCGAGGUGAUGCUUAUCUCGGCGCUUCAGGAGUGCAUCCAAAUCAAGAGUAAGAGUUUGGAACAGGCACUUGGCGUGCCUUUUGGCAGUGGGUUGGCCCCAGCUCUCGCUCGAAGCGUAUGCUAUUUUUUGCGUAAAAAAGUUCGAGUCACGGACCUGGUUGGAAGUAAGAAGAACACCAGGAGAGUGAAGGAGGCGUGCAAAGUUGCUGAGGGGCUUCUUGAGAGGCCAGGUAACGAUGAUGAGGUAUGAUUGUAGGGCAGCCUAUUAGUGCGAGAAAGGGGGGGGGGAAAUUGCGUUGAUACAACUUGCUGGAGACAUGAAUGAUGGCGUCCGAGUAUCCCUUGGGUGAAAGAACAACGAUGAGGAACCACGAAGACGCCGAACUGGAUGCAGGUGUUGGCCCCAAGGAGCCGAACAAUCCCGGGGGGUGGGGCAAAUGACUGGUAUUGCAUUUGAAGAUGGAAUGCUCAGUGAAGUUCGAUACUGCCGACGGUUAGAUGUCCUGUCGAUGGUCUAAACGCACAACGGCUAAUGUCGCCUCAAUACGGGAGAUGACGGGGAAGGACCAGAACGUUGGGAGGCACUGUCAAUUUACUCCACUAGAGAGGCGUGGUCAUAUCCAAGAUUAUGGGGCAAAUCGAUGUGCUCGCCACCGUGGCGCUUGCAGUGGGCGCCCAUUGGCUGUAGCUCUGACCGUGCACAGUGUCACUGGUUGACAGCAAAGGCAAUUCAAAAUGCAU